AUGAAGGUGCCGUUGUAUGCGAGCGCUGGUGUCGCAACCUCUUGUGUUGCGUUCCUCUUUGGAAUGGACACUGGGAGUAUUGGUCCUAUCACCACUAUGACUGCCUUCAAGGAAACCUUUGGCGACUUCUCCGCAACUAUCCACGGCGUUAUCGUGUCGACAAUUCUCAUCCCUGGGGCUUUGACGGCGCUUAUUGCUGGUGCUCUAGCACAUCGUUUCGGACAAGUGAGACUCAUCGCCAUAGGAUCCAUCAUAUUCGGUAUCGGUGCUGCAAUCGAAUGCGGCGCUCCUUAUCUCGGUGUCUUCAUCCUCGGUCGGCUCAUCAAAGGAAUGGGCGAGGGUCUGUUUCUCAGCAAUGUCUACGUUCAAGUAUCAGAGAUGUCUCCCUCCAGGGUGAGAGGCAUCAUGACCGCGCUUCCGCAGUUUUCCAUUACUACUGGUAUUGUGACUGGGUACUUCACCUGCUACGGAACAUCGCGGCUCGGUAGCUCGUCUAUCACAUGGCGUCUGCCUCUCGCCAUUGUUGCAUUUCUCGGCCUUCUUCUGUCGAUGGUGGCUUUCAUCGUCCCUCCAUCUCCACGGUGGCUUCUGUCCAAGGGACGCACAGAUGAAGCUCGAACGGUUUGUCGACAACUCGGCAUUGAUGAAGUUGAAGAGAAGGAGCUUCUCGCUCAGGUCUAUGAUACCCCGGGUGGUUUAGAUGGCGAGACAUCGCUGUGGCAAGACAUUCAACAUACUUUUAGAGAUUUCCGAUGUGCAUUCUCGGCACCAUACCGCGGUAGAACAGCCUUCGCUUGCUUUCUCAUGGGUAUGCAGCAAUUCAGUGGCAUAGAUGGAGUACUCUACUAUGCGCCCAUUCUAUUCACACAAGCAGGUCUAAGCGGCGAGAAAGCCUCGUUCUUGGCAUCAGGAAUUUCUGCUGUCGUAAUUCUCGCAGCUACUCUUCCUGCGACAAUCUUCGCUGAGCAGUGGGGUCGGAGAAUGCAAAGUAUCUUGGGUGGAGUUUUGAUCGUCGGUUUGAUGGUGAUCAUGGGAUCGCUAUAUGCGUCUGGGCAAGUCCACCCUGAGUACGGCGCAGGGAGAUGGGUUGUCAUCGUCUGCAUCUAUCUCUUCGCUAUUGCUUUCAGCUUCACCUGGGCCAUUGGCUUCCGAACUUGGGUUGUUGAGAGUAUGCCAAGACGGACGAGAAGCAGUGCUUCGAGUCUCGCGCAAAGUUCAAACUGGGCUGCUAACUAUAUCGUCGCCCUCGUUACACCGGUGUUGCUCGACAAGUCCUCGUUUGGCGCAUACUACCUCUUCGCCGGAUGCAGUCUCGCCACAACGAUAAUGGUUGUUCUGUUCAUGAAUGAGACGAAAGGCUAUAGCUUGGAGGAAAUCGAGAAGAGGCAUGAGAGGACGAGGGACAAGAGAAUCCCACUGAACCUUUAA